CGUCACUUCGAGAGCGCGAUAUCAUCCCAGACUUAAGUCGGGAUAGAAGCCGAUAUCUCAUUGUAUUUCUAGACUUCGAAGUGUCCACAUCCUUCCUAAGUUCUGAUGAAAUGUGUUGAGUAACCAACAGUCAUGGGGUUUAUGUGUAUUUCUGUGCUAUUGUUGUCGCUAAUUUUCUACCAAUAUACGUUAUCCAAAAAUCCUAAAGCUUGGUACGCGGAAAGUGAGUCCGUAAUAGACCCUAACGGUGCAUUACUGCUGAAAUGGAAAGUCGAUUAUUUCAAUCGUAAGAUAAGAUUCCAAUUGGUUAUAUCGGAUAGAGCGCCGGAAGCUAACUGGAUUGCCUUAGGAUUCUCUGAUAGAGGAGGUCUAGAAAAAUCUGAUGUGUGUCUAGUGUGGACCGAUUACAAAGGACAUGAUCAUUUUGAGGACAUGCAUGCGGAUACUCACGGCAAAGUGACGCGGGAUGUGCAACAGGACUGCGAAGCUUUUUACCUCGACAGCAGCGCUCGGAGUAUAUUCUUUGAACGAUACUUCGACACUUGCGAUGACGAUGAUUAUGUGAUUGAGGAUGGAACAGUUCACGUAGUAUGGGCUCGUGGUACAGAUAAAUUGUUCACAUCGAAAGGUCUCUGUUUGUCGUGCGCAGCGGCUGAGGACCGCGGCUUCGUGCGCGUUCGGCUUCUAACUCCAGCAAACUUGCCUCAGCCUCGUGCGGAACAGCUUAUUAUAACUAACAAAGAUUUAAACGUGCCCAGUGGCGAUACCACUUAUUGGUGUCAGGUUGUAAAACUACCUGACUUUGUUAUUCAGACGAUUCAUCAUAUUGUGAAGUUCGAAUCCACUAUAACCAAAGGUAAUGAAGGACUCGUACAUCACAUGGAGCUCUUCUAUUGCGACGCUGAACCGAAUAAGGAAAUGCCUCUUUAUAACGGCAACUGCUUCUCAUCUGAUCGACCGGAAGAUACUAAAUUGUGUUCGAAGGUGAGAGCAGCUUGGGCUAUGGGGGCGCCCCCGUUCGCUUACCCGGAAGAAGCGGGUUUACCUAUCGGUGGUUCGAAGUCUAACAAAUACGUCAUGCUCGAAGUGCAUUACAAUAAUCCCGAAUUGAAAGAUGAUUGGGUCGACAGUUCUGGUAUUAUAUUACACGUGACAUCAAACAGACGCCGUUACGACGCCGCAAUUAUGGAACUUGGUUUAGAGUACACGGACAAAAUGGCCAUACCUGGCGGACAGGAGGCCUUUCCACUCACUGGAUAUUGUAUACCACAAUGUACAGCAGUGGGUCUACCAGAGCAGGGUAUCGUAGUGUUCGGCAGCCAGCUGCACACGCACCUUACAGGAGUGGCGGUGUGGACGCGCCACGCGCGUCGCGCACGCGAGCUGCCUCUGCUCAACAAGGACCUGCACUACUCUACACACUUCCAGGAGAUCAGGAUACUACAUCGACCUGUCAAAGUUUUACCCGGUGACUUCUUAGAGACGACAUGCAUCUACAAUACAAUGGAGAAAUCAAACGCCACCAUCGGUGGUCACGCUAUCACCGACGAGAUGUGCGUCAACUACCUGCACUAUUACCCCGCCACGCAGCUCGAAGUCUGCAAGAGCGCCAUCUCAAACUUGGCAUUGGAAAAUUAUUUCAAAUUUGAAUACCGAUGGGACAACAUGUCUAUUUCGUACUCAUCGCCGCCCCGCGCCAACUACCUGGCUAUCAAGCCGUGGACGCCGCUGAGAGCCGGCGCACUGACCGCGCUUUACACAGAAUCGCCGAUAUCAAUGCAGUGUAAUAAAUCCGAUGGCAAUCGAUUUCAGGGGGAUUGGGAAGGAUUGCCGAUACCGAAAAUUAAAGUUCCGUUACCAGAAAAGCCACGAAACUGUGGACACUCUGCAAAACGUGCCAAAAAAGUUAUGACUUACCAAGAUUAUAUGUCUAGAAAUUAGUUUUCCCUCUUAUCCUAUGAUAUAGCAAACAUACUUUGACAUAUAUACAUGUAGAUAACUAUAAAUGCUUAUUAAUAAAAUUGUAUUUAAGUUUCAAAAUAAAGUUAU